UAAGCGGGGGUGGGAAAGGAGCGAGAGAGACGGAGACUCUGGGACCUAGUGGCGCUACUCGCCGAGGAAUCGGUCUCAGGCGCAGCCCCCAACAUCAGCAAACCCCCCCAGGCCAGAAGUUGUUUAAAAAAAUCAGUGUUUAAUUUGCAGAUCUGCAAGGAGAAGAGGAGAGGGGAAAAUAAGAGGGAGGAAGGAAGAGAGAGAGAGAGAGAGAGAGAGGCUGACAGCAGGGGGAGGACACAAGGGGAGAGAAAGAGAAGGCGAGUGGAAAUUAACCAGGGCAGAGUUUGCUCGGCUCCCGGCUCCAGGAUUCAUGUCCGCGGCUGCAGGAAGGUGUAGCUGACCGCCGGCUGCCCGCACAUCACAGCGGCCGUUGUCUGCAACUUGAGCGCUGGGUGACAGUCAAUCCGUGGCCGAAGAGAGAGGGGGACAUGGCAUCCAGCUGAUCGAGAGAGGGGAGGAACAGGAAAAGCAGGCAGGCAGGCACCCCGCCGCCGCCGCUGGAAACUAGCGUGAAACCCGCUGCAAAAUCAACCUUUCACCGGGCAAGCGGGACACACGAACAGCGGGAGAUGUCUGUGCCAAAUGUACUUGCUAAAGCCUUGUACGAUAAUGUGGCUGAAUCACCAGACGAGCUGACGUUUCGCAAAGGGGACAUCAUGACGGUUUUGGAACGGAACACCGGGGGCUUGGACGGCUGGUGGCUCUGCUCUCUACACGGACGGCAAGGUAUCGUGCCCGGAAACCGGCUCAAGAUCUUGGUGGGAAUGUACGACAAGAAACAGCCGAACUCCAGCCAAGCACUGCAGCACCCCCAGUCACCACAGCCUUACCAGCAGCAGAAUGUUUACCAAAUGCCAUCUCAGUCCUCGCAGUACACAGCCAUGCACCCAGCCUACGCACCCCUGGGUGACGAUGUCUACAUGAUGCCCUCGUCCAACAAAGCGCAGCAGAGCGUGUAUCAGGUCCCCCCCAACCUGCAGAACCAGUCGAACAAGUACCCAGUCACCCCAGCGAAGCAGCAGCAACAGACCAUGUAUCAGAAGUCCACAUCUCAAGGCCAGUUGACCCAGUCCAUCAACUCAAGCCAGGAGAUUUACCAGGUGCCUCCGUCUAUGAAUCAACCGCAGGACAUCUACCAGGUCCCAUCAAUGAGUCCACCUCAGGAUAUCUAUCAGGUGCCCCCAUCCAUGGGCCCUGCACAGGACAUCUACCAAAUACCUCCAUCUAUGAAUCCAGCCCAGGACAUCUACCAAGUGCCCCCUUCCAUGAAUCCAACCCAGGACAUCUAUCAGGUACCUCCUUCCUUGGAGAAGAGGAACUGGGAAGGAACAAAACCAGUUGGAAAGGUAGUCCUUCCAACUAGAGUUGGAGGCGUUUAUGUUUAUGACACACCUCCGCAGAUGGAGCAAGAUGAAUACGACAUCCUUCCAUCGAGAAAUCUCCCUCCAGCUACUCAGCAGGAGAUUUAUGAUGUGCCUCCAAUUCGAGGAGGAACAGAAUCUACUGGCAAUCAAUAUGGGCAAGAGGUCUACGACUUCCCACCAUCCGUGAGCAAGGACAUUCCCGAUGGCCCUGUCUCAGAAGAUACGUAUGACGUCCCGCCAUCCUUCUCCCACAGGACACCGAAGAGUCCGGAUUCCAUGAGGUUUGUCCCCCAGGCCCCCGUGGCACACGACAACUAUCCCGUCGAUGAUGUCUACGAUAUACCGCCGCCAGCCGGGAAACUUGCAGACACGUCCCUCAACCAGGACAUCUACGACGUCCCUCCCAACCAGAAGCUUCUUGUAUACCAGACGUCCCUACAAGACAUUUACGAUUUUCCAAGGGAUCUCGGAGUCCCGACCUCUGGAGGGAAGGUCCUCUCCAACGAGGAGCCAGCUGGAGAUUAUGUCUACGACGUGCCGCCUCAGGUAUGCAGAGAUGCCGCGACGGAAGAAACUACCAACAGCUACAAGAGGCAUUCGGCUUCCAGCACAGGGAGUACAAAGAGCAAUAUUUCGACGUCUUCUCUCGACGUCAUUCCUGUGAAGGAGUCCUCCAACGCUUUGCCCAAGCCGAGCAGCAAGGAGCUGAACCUGGACUUGGAGGUGGCCAUGGAGAUUCUGGCAAAGCACCAGCAAAGCGUGGAGAGCUCCAUCUCCUACCUCAUGUCCUUCAUCGUGACCAGCUGGCGGGGGCGCGAGCACAUGGAGGCCAACGUGCAGAACAUCAAGGCCGGGGUUGAACAAGUGAAGAACUCCGUGAAGGACCUGCUGGAGUUUGCGCGCGGAGCGGUGGCCAACUCCAUGCAAGCCACAGACCGCACUUUGUACACCAAGCUGAGCAAGCAGGUGCAGAAGAUGGAAGAUGUCUACCAGCUUCUCCUCAAGCACAGCCAGGCGCUGGACAACUGCAACUGGGCUCUCAACGUCUUGGUAAUAAACAAGCAGAACUCCGCCGAUGACCUGGAUCGGUUUGUGAUGUACUCGCGGGGCAUCCCUGACGACACCAAGCAGCUCGCCUCCUUCCUGCACGGCAACGCCUCGCUGCUCUUCAAACGGACAAAACAACAGCAGCAGCAGCAGAGGGGCGACGUGAGGUCCAGCGUCCCUCUGCCUGGCCUCGAGAGUGGCAGCCACUCGACAAACAAUAACACCAUUAAUCACUACCAGACUGGCUCAACAGACAAGGCCAACAUUCAGGCAAGGCCCCUGCCCUCUCCACCCAGAUACACAGCUGAAGGAUGUCCAGAUACACAGUAUGACAACAAUGGCAGUGGAUGGAUGGAGGACUACGACUAUGUUCACUUGCAGGGCAAGGAGGAGUUUGAGAAAACACAAAAGGAGCUUUUGGAGAAAGGGAACAUCGUACGUCAAGGCAAAGCCCAGCUUGAGCAACAACAGGUUAAACAGUUUGAGCGGCUUGAGCAGGAGGUGACGAGACCGAUAGAGAACGACCUGUCAAACUGGACACCCUCACAGCAGUACGGCCAGCUGAAGAGCAGGCUGAGCCCCUCGGACAAGCAGCUCCUCUUGUUUUACUCGGAACAGUGCGAGCUAAACGUGACCACGCUGAUCAACGCCAUCGAUGCCUUCUUCACAUCCAUCAACGCCAACCAGCCCCCCAAGAUCUUUGUGGCCCACAGCAAGUUUGUGAUCCUCAGCGCGCACAAGUUGGUUUUCAUCGGGGACACCCUCUCCCGCCAGGCCAAGUCACAAGAGGUGCGCAACAAAGUCACGCACUACAGCAACCUCCUGUGCGAGAUGCUGAAAUAUAUCGUGGUCACGACAAAGACUGCAGCUCUACAAUAUCCGUCUGGCACUGCAGCCAAAGAGAUGAUGGACAGAGUCACCGAACUAUCGCACUGUACACAUCAGUUCAAGAUGAUGCUGGGCCAGUUAGCAGCCAUGUGAGGCAGGGAGGGACCUGCGGAUAAGACUACGGUUAAAGACUGAAAGCAAAACUCAGCUGUAAAUGGAUCAUUGUAAAUAUUGUCCUUCCACUUACCCACCAAGGGAAGAGAGCUUUUGUUUCGUUAGACCCCGCUGUUUCUUAUUAAUCAGAAGGAUAUUUAAAUUCUAAAUGCUGUAGUGGUUCCUGUUUCUCCUUUUUAAAUGUUAUUUUAACAUCGCAUUCGAUAAUACAAAGUGGAAAUAAUUUCAUUGUCGAUUUUAAAUUGCAAGCCUAUGUUCUAGUUUGAAGCAUCAUUAAAGGUGAAAGGAGGUUCACUAGAGCAUUGAAAAUUGAGCGAUUUUCUACUGUGACAAUUAACUGAGUCACUUUUUCAUUGUCAUGUAAAAAGCAAUGAAACGUCUGCUGAUUUUUAAGAGUUUUAGAAUUCUGUAUAACAUCAUUAACAGCCUCUGUGUGGAGAGACAAUGAGAGAGAGGAGCUGACAAGCAGGUGGUGAACGUACCUGUUCCAAUUGCAUUAUAUGUUUUCAAAACAAAAAUGUUAUUCAAAAGUUUUCGGAUGGAUUUGAAUCAUACCUCAUUCAGUAGGCAGUAUGCGUUCCAUUGCAUUUCAAUAUUUGUGAUUAGUUUUGCCCGCGCUUUUCAGCAAAUGCAAAUUAAUUGGUGCCUUGAAAUUAUGAAAAGCUUUUGUUGGUGAACAGAACUAGAAUCAUUUUCCGCCUGCAGUCACAUUGGAUCUCAAGGUGUGGGGAAGCAAAAAAAUAUAUAUUACUGACCGUCAGUGUCAUUUUAGUGACGUAUUUAAGUUUCUGUGUCUUUUAUACGAGUAGUGUAUAAAAAUCAAAAUCAUGUGUUCAACAUUUGCUCUGAAUAUAUUUGCAAAUGCGAUUUGUUGAGCCGACCAAGUUGUGUUUCAUCCGAAACGAUGACUGGAAGAAGUAGGACAACUUCAUUUGAACUUCUUAACCAAAGACUGCCUGAGGGCAUCAGACUCUAUUGACCGUUUAUUGUUGGAGCUGCAAUAUAACAUCAAAAUUAGCUUCAGAGCUGACGGCCUUUGAUCAGUCAAUUACUGGAGUCCAUAAUCUUAUUUCCAUACACGAGCUAGGUAUCCCCCUUUACAUUGCAGAAGAAUCGUCGAGGAUUGCAGCCAUUUCUACGCACUAUGCUUCAAUGAGGAUGACGGAUCAUUUAUUAACCUUUAGUUAUCCGACCUGCAUGAGGUACCAUCUUACACACUCACGAUUUUAUUUUAUAAUAGAGAAGAUUUUACGUACGUUUGAAAUUUAAAAGGCUGAUAUUUGAUGUCAUUGGAGGGUUAUAACCUUGUAAGCAAUGUUUCUUUGUUUGUAUAUGUCUGCACAUUAUGUGAAUAUAAGCAAUUGUGUCAAAGACUCUUGAUCUUGCUUCUGUGGGAAAAGAGAACUCUGCAGCCAAAUUUUACUCAUUAGACAAGGGCGGAACACCCCCAAGCUGUGCACUGACCUGUUCGUGAACAGAAGAGGACAAUGUAAUCAAGCGAAUCUUGGCACAACAGCCCGGCAAUAACUUAAGAUUGUGCAACAGAUCCAACAAACAGGUGGGCGCUGGAGAUUCUGCCCAGCAGUGCCAGAGUUUACACAGCUCUGCUUCAGUAAGUUAAUCAGUUAGAAAUCAAAUUAAAAGUCAUCCAAGUUAUGGGUUAAGAAUUGCAAUGUAAAAGGGGCUUAAGGUAAUUCUGACAUCAAUAUUCGUUGCUGGAGCUUCUACAGUCAUGCUGGAAACUCGUGGUAGUUUUAAAAUUAAAAAAAAAUAUUUUAUCCUUUAUUCUGUUUCUGAUCUUAACAUUUUGGUGAAACACUACUGUAAAUGUGAUGUAUUCUUUGCAGUGCUACUGGUUCAUAUCCAUCAGAAUGUUUAUUUCUCUCACACAGUGAUUGGUUUAGGGUGGCUGUUGACUUUUGUAUUAUAUUCAACUGGAUUUAUUUUUAAUUAUUAAACAGGCUUAAGAACCAUAAAAA